AUGGCCCCUUCAUACUACGAGUCACUUUCAACGGAGGAGGAUUCAGAGGAAAAACUCCUUGCCAACACCGAAGACCAGCGUUCAGCCACGCACACUGGCAUUACCCGGGAAUCAUCUAACAAAUUCAAUUAUUUGUCCUACAUUCUCAUUUUCCUGAGCAUUGUUGCUUCAGGGAUUAGUCUUAAAACUACGCUCACCGCCGUUCGCGCUUCCCGCGCCUAUUUUGCGCCUACCGAUACUCUGCCACGCCCCAACGUUUUUGUGGGGCUUCCGAAAUACCCUCAAGUUUCAAAACACUCUGAAGUCGGAUCGCACAUGGAUCACUCGCAUUCUCGCAACUGA